AUGUGCAGCAAAUUUGGAGAAGACACCACCGCAAUGGAGGUUGUAGAAGGCAUCAGCUUAAGAGGCUAUGAAGUAAUAGUGACCGGUAGAAAUUCUGGAAUUGGUGUUGAAACUCUUAGAGCUUUAGCUAAAGCUGGUGCCAGAUGUGUUCCUUGUACAAGAGAUUUGGAAAAAGGACAUCACGUUGCUAAAGAAUUAAUUGCUUCUACGAGAAACGAUCAGAUCGAGGUCGAGUUGGACUCUUUAAAAAGUGUAGAUGACUUAGUGCAAAGAUUUUUUGCAAAAAAGAGACCGUUAAAUAUCUUGGUUAAUAACGCUGGAGUUAUGACUUGUCCUAAAUCUUUUACUAAAAAUGGAUUUGAAAAACAAUUUGGUAUUAAUCAUUUAAGACAUUUUGCCUUGACUAUUGGACUUUUACCGCGUUGA